AUGGACCAGAGGAAGCUGGAGGAGGUGCACAAGGUCCACGCGGACAUGGAGGCUUUGGCCAAGCAGAAGCUGGUGGAGUUGGAGUCCAGGAACCUCAGCAACUACAACUUGACGCAGGAGGACUUCGGCCUGAGCAACACCACCCUGACUCUUCUGGACAUCGUGCUCACGGAGAUGGACAGCCUGCUUUCGCAGAUCAACGCAUCGCACCUUGCCGACGAGCAGCUGCUUCUGGCCCUCGCCGAGGGCUUCGUGCAAUGCAACACCGACCUGGCGGCACGGCAGGUGGAGAGCAACAGCCUGAGCGCCCUGGUGAACGACACGAGCGACUCCCACGACAGCUGCCGCAGCACCGAGCAGUCCUUGUCGGCGCAGAACUCCAGCGCUUGGGCCGCCUACCUCUCCAAAGCCAACGAAUCACAGCCGCAGGAGGUGUUGGACUGUCUGCAGAACUUCCAAAGCGGAUAUAGCUCGCAAACAAUCGAGCACACGCUCGCGCACCUUCAGGCGAUCAUUGACUGCGCGACCACCUUGCAGUCGUGGUCCACAGCUUUCGUGGCUAACGUGACAGGCCUUCGGGACACCUACUUUGACAGCCUGCACGCCGUGAACAACCACAGCGAGGACUGCCGGGUGAACCAAUCCACUUUGGAAAGCCACUUUUGUGAGUACCGGCAGCAGCUCACCGACAGCUGCCUUGCCAUGGAUACCUGCUACCGGAACGUCAACGAGACCUUUCAUGAGCUCCUCGUCACCAUUGCAACCUCCGGUUCGCGGCGUGAGGCCUCCUUCAUCGCGGCCACGAAGGUGAUUUGCUACAUCCAGGUCCUGAAGACGAACCUCACGCAGCCCGCUGUGCAGGCCUGCCAGGACCUCGUCGUCGACACCUCCGGCAUCGACGUAGAUAUCCCCGUGCCCGCUACAAAGCAGACGUGUGACACGUCGCCGGUUGCCGACUACCCCUGCAACGCGUCCUGGCAGCAGGAGGAGUACUUCGACAAGAGCUGGUACACCGGCACGCCGCAGAUCGAGCCCGACACCUGCAUACCCUGCGCUGUUUGGAAUGCGGGGAAUGUUUGGACCGAGCUGACUGUGGCCAAUGCUCCAGCGGUCUUCGGAGCGACGGUCACAGAAGGCCCAGCAGGCAAAAUCUACCACUUGGGCGGGGAGUCAUCGACAGGGGUGUUCGACGCCAUGCAUACCUUCGAAAAGAAUGCUUCCGGCUGGCAGCUUAGUGUUGUCAGCGGUUUGGACGUGGGGCCCAGAUCCGGACACACUUCUGUUCGCGACCGGUGGGCUGGCAGCCUGCUGAUCUAUGGCGGGUGGUCUGGCGCACAAGUUCUCAGAGAUCUCUGGACCUUCAGGUGGAAUGGCACCUUUGAGAAGAUCUCUGAGGGCCCACACAGGUCUGGCCAUUCGUCGGUGUGGGCCGGACCUUGGGACGGCAGCGCUGCUGGCCCCAUGUUGGUGUUUGGAGGCCUCAAUGAGGGCUUCACCUACAUGAAUGAAGUCUGGCAAUUCGAAAAUUCCACGUGGUCACAAGUCAGCACUUCCGGAAAUCCAAGUGCCAGAGCAUAUCACACGGCCGUCUUCGCUGAGAGCCUGGGCUCCGCGGGCCUGAUGCUGGUCUACGGAGGACAUUCUGGCAGCAGCCGUCUCGACGACUUCUGGGCCUACGACCACGCUGCCAAGUCUUGGUCGCCGCUGCAGACCGGGAUGGGCACCCGGUCUCACGCGUCGGCGGUGUGGAACCCCAUGCGCCAGGCAAUGCUGGUCUUCGGCGGAUUCAGCGGGUCCGACGAGGCCAACGACCUCUUGGAGUGGCACAAUGCGACGUGGAACACUGUGAUACCCAUCGGAUCGGUACCAGGGCAGCGUUGGGGCCAUUGCGCCACAUGGGUUGAGAGCGAGGAGGCCAUGAUCGUCGUGGGCGGCCGGAAGGGAGCAAGCUACUACGGUGACGUCUGGCUGUACGAGCCCAGAUAA